AUGAGUAUCCCACUUGGUGUCGACUUAGGUAAUAACAACUCCGUCAUCGCAGUUGCCCGCAACAGAGGUAUUGACAUCGUCGUCAACGAGGUGUCCAAUCGUUCUACGCCUUCCAUCGUUGGGUUCGGUGUCAAGAACAGAUCCAUCGGUGAAACCGGAAAGAACCAACAGAAUUCGAACCUCAAGAACACGGUCGAGAACCUGAAGAGAAUUCUUGCCUUGGACCCAGCCUCGCCGGACUACGAUGUUGAGAAGCGUUACUUCACUUCUCCUUUAGUUGUGAAAGAUGGCCAGGUGGCUUCCCAAGUGCGUUUCUUGGGCAAACAAGACGAAUUCACCUCCACUCAACUUGUGGCAAUGUACCUCAGUAAGAUCAAGGAGACCACUGCUAAGGAGACCAAGGGUAAAAUUACCGACAUAUGUCUUGCCGUUCCAGUGUGGUACACGGAACAGCAGAGACGUGCUGCUGCCGAUGCCUGUAGAAUUGCAGGUUUGAACCCCGUCAGAAUUGUCAACGAGGUGACUGCUGCUGCUGUUGGUUAUGGCGUCUUCAAGACCGAUUUGCCAGUUGAAGAGCCCAAAAAGGUGGCGUUCGUGGAUAUUGGUCAUUCCACCUACACGGUGUCCAUCGUGUCCAUCAAGAAGGGUGAGCUCAAAGUGCUUGGAUCCGCUAGCGACAAGCACUUUGGUGGCAGAGACUUUGACCGUGCAAUUACUGAGCAUUUUGCCGACGAGUUCAAGUCCAAGUACAAGAUUGACAUUAGAGAAAACCUCAAGGCCUACUCUAGAAUCUCUGCUGCCGCCGAGAAGCUCAAGAAGGUGCUUUCUGCUAACACCAGUGCUCCUUUCAACGUUGAGUCUGUCAUGAAUGAUGUUGAUGUUUCCUCUUCCAUGUCCAGAGAGGAAUUGGAAGAGCUGGUUGAGCCACUCUUGCAACGCGUUCACGUCCCUGUCGAACAGGCUUUGGCCGCUGCUGGUCUCACCGCCGAGGAGAUUGAUACCGUCGAGAUCAUUGGUGGUUGUACUCGUGUUCCAUCCCUUAAGGAGAGACUCUCCAAGGUCUUCGGAAAGCCUUUGUCCACCACCUUGAACCAGGACGAGGCGAUCGCCAAGGGUGCUGCUUUCAUCUGCGCCAUGCACUCGCCAACCUUGAGAGUUCGUCCCUUCAAGUUUGAGGAUUGCAACCCUUACUCUGUCACUUACUACUGGCAGAAGGAUGCUGAAGAGACUGAUCACCUUGAGGUUUUCCCCAAAGGCGGUCUUUAUCCAGCUACCAAGAUGAUCACUUUGUACCGUACCAAGGACUUCGAGGUCGAAGCUAGAUACACGAACCCAACAGAACUUCCAGAAGGUACCAGCCCAUUCAUUGCCAAGUGGAAGUUCACUGGUGUCGAAGUCCCUGCCGGUGAGGACUCUGCUGUCUGUAAGCUCAAGAUCAGAAACGACCCAUCCGGAUUUUUCACUGUUGAAUCCGCCUACGUUGUUGAAGAAAAGGAGGUUGAGGAACUCGUUGAAAACCCAGAUGCCAAAGAGGGUGAUGAGCCUGAAUACCAAAAGGUGAAAAAGCUUGUUAAGAAGAAUGACUUGGAAAUUUCUGUCGAGGGUUAUGCUCUUUCCAGCAAAGUCUUGAACGAGUUUGUCGAGAAGGAAACCGCUAUGAUUAUGGAGGACAAGCUCGUUGCCGAUACCGAAGACCGCAAGAAUGCUCUUGAAGAGUACAUCUACGAGCUGAGAGGUAAGCUUGAGGACCAGUACAAGGAUUUUGCUUCUCCAGAAGAAAAGGAAAAGCUCACCGCUAUGCUGGCCAAGACUGAGGACUGGUUGUACGAUGACGGUUACGAUUCCACAAAGGGAAAGUACGUCGCCAAAUAUGAAGAAUUGGCCUCGAUUGGAAACCUCAUUAGAGGUAGAUACCUGGCCAAGGAGCAGGAAAGAAAGGACUCUUUGAUGAGCAAGCAAGAGGCCAAGAAGACUGCAGAGUUGGCUGAGAAACUCGCCGCGGACAGAGUUGCCAGAGAGAAUGGCACUGAGGAGCCCAAAGUUGAUGCCGAAGGAGAUAUCGACAUGACUGAGGAGCUCGAUUAA